UCACAUCUCCCCCGCAUUACACGAGGUGAUACUGAAUAACAAUUAUACACCCCAACUAAUCGGUGCAUUCGUACGUAAUCCAUCUUCUAAACAUGUUGAUGUGUAUCUUACCCCGAUCCUCCAGUUUCACAGAUUUCGAACACUCUUCGUCUUCGUGGAUCUGGCCGAAUCAUCAAAAAUGGAUCACAGCUAUGUUCUCUGGGUUACAUUGCGACGUUCCCCUGUCGCUGAUUACAUAUUCGCACAUGUCGACAAUCCUCACAACGCAGACAUUUAUGAGAGUUACGCUAAAGGACCGGGCCCUUCGAAAUUAGUCCUUUUCAGCGGUAAUUACCCCGAAUCGGUGUUUACACCAUGCUUACCCUGCCAUUCAAAAACAGAGACGUUAAUCGAAGAAAAACUUACCUUAUUGUUCACCAUUCGUCGAAUUGAUGUAGUGUGGGACGCUCAAAAUUUGAAUCUUCGCGGGAGAGUAGUGCAACACUGGGGUGACAAAAGUAUUCAGCAAGAGGAUGGAUAUUGACCCAGGAAAAAAGUGGGAAUGCCCCACGUGCUCCAAGACGAUAAAAGAAAAGGGGAACUUUACCAAGCAUCUCGCCACACAUGAUCCAGAUGCGAAGGUGAAAUGCCAGAUUUGUGGAAAAAUUUAUAAAAAUCCACCUAGCUUACGCACUCACAUGUGGAGGAUUCAUACUAAUGACGAGGAACGACCCAGUUGUGACACGUGUCAUCGGGAGUUUUUCGACUCGAUCAACUUACGGCAACAUAUUAAAACCGUCCACAGCACGAAGGAAAGACGUCGUUUCCCAUGCACGUUCCCUGGUUGUGGGAAAACCUACCUGAGCAAAUACAACGUUGAGAAACACCAGAAAAUUGAGCAUUCUGAGAAUCCCGAACGAUUUGGGUGCACCCUUUGCGUAAAAGAGUUUAGAACUCGGUGGGAACUUGAGACUCACAUUCUCAUCCACACCAAGGAGAAGCCCUACAAAUGUUCCACGUGUGGGAGGGGUUUCACCCAGAUGGGAAGCACACGAAAGCACGAGAAAACGCAUUUGGAAAAAUCAACCCGAGAAGUGUUGCAGUGUCACAUUCAUUCCUGCGACAAAUGUGAAUACAAGAGUCACUCGAAAAGCAGUUUAACUCAGCACAUGAGAAAGCACAAUGCUUCGAAUUGGCGAGAGUGUUACUUUUGCCAGAAACAGUUUGUUAACUUUAACAAAUUGGUGAGACACUGCAGUCGAGUUCAUUGUCUCGAGAAGUAAAAGAGUAAAUGUGUUUCAUUGUGCUUAAAAUUUUAUUCUCGGUUUACGUUCUGUACUACAUAAUUAUCAUGUGUGAAGGAUUUAAAAAUAUUUUAAAAUUGAAAUUUGUCCAUGUAUGUUUCAACACUUUACAAAAUUGGGAUAAAA